CUUGAUGUAUAAUUCCAGUAACACUUUUUCUGUUUUUAUUGCUGUUUUGAUUAAAUUAUAAGACAUGUAUAUAUUUGAUAAUACAAACGAUAUCUUCUGUUUUGAGUGAGGCAAUAAUAUAAUGGUUAUUGCAUGUUACAUGUAACAUGUAACCAACCACUUACAAUCCUUGACAGUUUGCAGAAUCAAUCAGAUCAUAAUAAAUUCUAAUUUAGUAAUAGUUUUAUCAAAAUAAUGAUUCUGCCGUUUUCUUCCCUUUUUGUAGUAAAAAAUAAAUUAACCAAUCUCAACCAAAUUCGCCUAUUAAAACCCUAGCACUUUCUCCAUAUUUUCCACACAAUACAUCAUCACAAGCUUUGUAAAGAGAUAGUGUUUAGUGUUUUCUUAUAACUUAUAUAUUACAAAACCCUUAUAGCCCCACUCAUAUAUUCAUCAAUGGCUUAUUCUAAGAUUGCACUCCUCCUCAUUUUGAAUGUCAUUUUCUUCACCUUAGUCAGCUCGAAUCCAGUCCCUUACCGCAAACCCACUUGUAAAAAUGCUCUUAAAUUCAAGGUAUGUGCCAAUGUGUUGGAUUUGGUUAAGGUUUCUCUACCACAAAGAUCCAAAUGUUGCGGACUUAUCAAAGGUCUAGUUGAUCUCGAAGCCGCGGUUUGUCUUUGCACCGCCUUAAAAGCUGAUCUCCUUGGCCUCAAACUAAAUGUUCCCAUUUCAUUGAGUGUUAUCUUAAACCAGUGUGGUAAGAAGGUUCCAUCUGGUUUCAAAUGUGCCUAGAGGUGGCACAUUUUUAAACCGAGACGCUAAACCAUUGCUUCAAAAGUUUGUUUCUUGUUUUGAGAUUUCUAUUUGUUUCUACCAGUAUCCAUUGUUGUAAUUUUUACAAGUUUAAUCAAUGAAAUAAGAAGUUUUGGUUCAAAAAAGUUAAAAUCAAAUGUUGCUUAUUCUUUUUAAUAAUCAUCUACUCUUAAUUUUCAGUGUUACGUGUUAUUACAGUACCGUACCAUGAACCUUUUAAUCUUAACAACGAACUUGAAAUAAAUGCAACCGACUGAAUAUUUUACUUAGUAGUUUCUUAUUAGCACGUACUUAAUCAUGCAUGCCAUCAUGGUAUAUAUAUACUCUGUCACUUAUCGCCACAUAUUGAGCAUUUGAAAAAUUAAUAUUCAGAGCAGCAUGAUUUUAAUGAUUGAAUGAGACCCCACCAGCAAGUAUUUAAAUGACCAACACAAGUACAAUGUUUAAAGCAAAAUAUAUUAUUAAUUGUCCUAUUUCCAAAAUUUAAAUAAAAUUACUAGAAAUACUAAUGCAUUAAAUAAUACUUCCUCCGUUUUUUAAUAUAAGUCGUUUUAGAAAAAAAAUUUUGUUCCAAAUUAUAUGUCGUUUUCGGUUUUUUAUGUAACAUUUAUUAGUAAUUAAUGUUGUCUGACCAAUGAUAAUAUAUCUUCUAUUUUUCUAUUGGUUAAAUUGUGGUUAGGUAAAUAAUUAAUGAUGUUUUUGUUUCGAAAAUAUAAGAAAUUAAUGAUUUUCUUAAUUUAUGUGCAUAGCUUCAAAACGACUUAUAAUAAAAAACAGAGGGAGUAGAUGAAAUAAAAACAUGUAUUAAACAGAAAUGAAUAACGGAAUGUCCAUCCCUAGAAUAUUUUACUUAUUAUAUUCUUAUUAGCACGUACUUAAUCAUGCACGCCACCAUGGUAUACUCUGUCACUGUCGCCACAUAUUAAUCAUUUGAAAAGUUAAUGUUAAGAGGAGCAUGAUUUUAAUGAUUGGAUGAGACCCGACCAGCAAAUAAUUAAAUCACCAAACACAAGUAUAGUGUUUAAAUAAAAAAGGUAUUAUUACUUGUCCCAUUUCCAAAAUUUAGAUAAAAUUACUAGAAAGACUAAAUCUCUAAAUAAUAAAAGAAAUUGAAAACAUGUAUUGAACAUAAAUGAAUAACCGAAUGUACAUCCCUACCUAAAGAAGAAAACUUUAUAACGAGUAAAAAUCAAACGUUAUCUUUCUGUUUGAUGUAUAAUUCCAGUAACACUUUCUUUCUUUUUAUUGCUGUUUUGAUUAAAUUAUAAGUCAUUUAUAUAUUUGAUAAUACAAACGUUAUAUUUCUGUUUGAGUGAAGCAAUAAUAUAAUGGUUAUUGCAUGUUACAUGUAAUCAAUUUAAAACAUUAGAACAUACAAUUUGUAGAUAUGAUUAGAUUGAAUGAUUAGCAAACUAAAGUACAUAGACAAAUUAUUAAAAUAGUCUCUUUAUAUUAAACCAAAUUCUGAAAAGAAAUCUUGCAAUAUUUGAAACUUAAGGGAUAAAGAAAGCCAAUAUGCAGAAACAAACUAGGUGCAAGAUAAUCAAAAAUAAGUUACACGCAUUAACAAAUUUAACAAAUCAAAAUAGACAAAGAAAAAUUAUUGGUAAACCGAAAAAUGAAUCCAAAUGUAACUAGACCAACAGGGGUAUAUAACAACUAAUUGUUUUGUUCAAGUUUAAUAAUAAAUAUUAUCGAAAAAAUCAUUUUUAGUUAUUUCAGUGACGCAUAAAAUAAAAUAUACAUUAUCGAUACACAAACAUUACAUAAGACGAACCUAUUGGCACAAAAAGUUUUCUACAAUUUCAAACAUUACUCAUUAUGAUAAUAUCAGAGUGUUCUAAGUCUUAAUAUUCAAUAAAAAUUUCAUUAUUUGAAUCACAUAAAUUCGUAAGUUUCUAUUCUGUUGGGUUCUAUUCCCGUAAAAAAAACUGAUAUAAAUAUCGAUUUUAUUUUUGGUUUGACUGCUUUACAAAAUUUGGCAUGAUUGCUAUAUUUAUGUAUAGUGUUUUACAUUUAAAUCUGUGUUAUUUUGUAUAUUGAAAUUUCUAUUUGUUGCUACCAAGUAUCAACUGUUUUGAAAUUGAUAUAGAGUUAGAAUUUCUAUAUGCCUCGAGAUAGCACAUUUUUGUUGUAAAUAUCAAUACUCGAGAUAGCACAAAAUUGACUUCACAUCCGUACUGUUAAAGUUAUCUCUCCAUUAGACGGAUAUAAAUAUCAAUUUCAAAACAUUCCAAUAUGCCUCGAGAUAGCACAUUUUUAAACUGAGAUUCUAAACUAUUGCUGCAAAAGUUCGUCUCGUGUUUUGAAAUUUCUAUUUGUUGCUACCAAGUAUCAACUGUUGAUACUUUUUACAAGUUUAAUCAAUGAAAUAAAAAAAAUUGGCUCAAAAAUUAACAACCGAAUGUUGUUUAUUAUUAUUAAUUAAUGGAUACUCUUAAUUUUUUAAGUAACGUGUUAUAACCUGUACCCUACCGUACCAUGAACCUCUUAAAUUUUACCAUGUACAUAAAGGUCUAAUGGCGAAAUGUUCCAUAAGAUCUAAAAAAGAAACAUUGAGAAUUUUAGUUUUGAGAUGUGCAAUAAAGAUAAUUUGUUCUUUAAUCUUUGUGUUUCAUAGAUUUCCAUAGUUAAUUUAUAUUUUCUAACUUCUGAAGUUUUUGUCCUUAAUACCUAAUUGGUCUUGAUGUCUCUGUUUGUCCUUGGCAUUAGCUAAUUAAUGUUCCCACUUGGUUGAAUCUUAUCUCAAACCGAUGUGGUAAAAAGGUUCCAUAUGGUUUCUGAUGGGCCUAGAGAUAACACAUUUUUAAACUGAGAUUCUGAACUAUUACUAAAAGUUCAAUUCAUAUUUUGAAGUUUCUGUUUAAUUCUACCAUUAUCUAUGUUGUACGUUUUUAACAUGUUUUGUUGAUGAAAAAAUGUGUUCUGGUUCAAAAAAUAACAAAGGCAUGUUGUCUAUAUUCUUGAAUAUUUUGAUCCUCAUAGUUUUCAAAUAUUCAUGUCAUAACAAUACCAUACCAAAGAGCUUCUAAAGUUAACUUCGUAACCAAUUAAUUCAUGAAUUUAAUCUAGUGUUACUGGCAAAACAACUGUGAGAUUGAUACAAUUCGUAGAUUCUCUUCUUGGAGAGUUUUACGUGGACGAUAUCAUCGAUUAUGCUCGCCUUUGUGUGCACCAGCAGCUGAGAUUUUUUCUUACAUCUGGACAAGUUUUAUGGAAGCUAGAGGUUUACUGACCUUAGGGAAUCAGACAAAAGUUACGUCCAGGAUUUCAGAUACAAGUAUGAGAAUAUCUUUGGAUCCCUACGAUCUCUGCUAGACCAUCUCGACCUUCCGCACCAGUCGUUCAUCCACGUAUGAAAGUGAGUGAGUUAAUCUAUUGCCAAAUGUGCGCAAUGCAGAAAUGCUGAAAAUUUUGGUUGCUCAAGAUGAUUCACUUAUUUGGAGUUUGACCAUAAGCUAAUCCAAUAGAGAUGACAAAUAUAGUUGGAACUAUACAAAAAGUAGGAUAAAUAUGAUUAAAUCAGGAUAUUGGGUUGCAAGGAAUAUUAUUUGUCAGGAACCUGAAGUAAUAGUAUCAGAGCUUAGUAUCACAAAGCUUCAAGUCUUCAUUUGAAAAUCAAUGUUUCACAAAAAAAAAAGUGUCAUCUAAUAUGGCAGAUGCCUUCUGCAUACUUAGCAGCACUAGGAACUUAACAUGUAGCCAUAUGUGAUGUGAUAAUCAUUGUUAUAGAUGUGGAGAAUCUGAUGAAUCAGUUAAUCAUGCAAUUUUUUAAUGUCCACCUAGCUUACAAUCUUGGGCUCUCGCUUCGAUACAAUCGUGAUCGGGUGUAUGUCCAAUAUGAAGUGUGUACUCCAAUUUAGAUUAUUUGUUUUAGAGAAAGAAUGAAAUAGAAGAUAUGGAGUUGGAUAAAGAUAUGUAUCUAUGGAUAAUUUGGUAUGUGUGGAAACUCGCAAUGAAACUGUUGAGGGGAAUCUCAAGAGAUUCGUUAGAGCUAAUAAGACAUGCUCAAAGUGAUGUCAUGCAUGGUAUGAUGCAAACUCAGAGAGCUCAGAAGAACCUCACCUGCUAAACCACACACAGAAUAUACAAGCCCUUAUGCUUGCAGUGUAUAUGUUUGGUUGAUGGAUCAUGGACAUCUAAUUCAAAAUACAGUGGAUAUGGUUGGGCUUGGCUAGAUGAGUCUCGAAAUGAACAACUUCUAGGGCUAAGAAACAAAGAGAGACGCUUGUCACCUUUGCAUUCAGAAUUGGAUGCACUUAUUUGAUCGAUGGAGAAUAUGCUCCAAUUCUCGACAUGUCAACAUUUUGGGACAUACAGCAAGGAUGUCAAUUCAAUGAUUCACAAUCCAACAACAUGGCCAAGUUUUUAAGCAGAAUUGGUGGAGAUAGCAAUGUUGCAAGGAAGAUUCAAGAACUUCAAAAUCAUACACAUACCAAGGACGCAGAACUGGACAUCCUACGCUUUGGUGAGACUACACGAACUUUUCUUAAAAGUUUAGUUUUUGUUAGUUAUUAUAUUUCGGUUUGGAUUCUCAUACCACUUCAAGUUUGAGUAAUAAAUUAGCCGUUUGAUGUUAAAAAACUUCGUAACUGAAAACAAAAAAACGUAUAGGAACGUUUUUUGGCUAUUUGUUUCUCACUAAACAUUUAGGAACGUUUGUCUAUUAAAAUUAUUAUUAGCUUUAAUCAUGCCAUCAUGGUAUAUAAUCUGUCUCUCUCUCAAUGGUUGAGGUCGGACGGAAAGACAUCUUUGGACAAAACCAAUUAUUGGGGACAAAGAACCUUCUACGCCAAGAAUUAGCUUUAGAUUUAGAAUUAUAAACACUUAUAUGGGCAAUAGAAAAAAUACUGCAACAUUUGACUUACCAUAAUUUUGGGAAAAAUUACAAAGCCCUGAUCACAUUAAUUAAAGAGCCUCAUGCAUAGCCAAAUUUUUCAACA